AUGGCCGACGUCACGCCUAAUUCACCGUACUCCAACAAGGCGGGAACGUAUCUAAUUCCAGUUUGCACGGUCGCAGCCAUCGCGCUCGUGUUGGUCGUCAUACGAGUGUACACCCGUCUUAGUAGGACAGGAAGACUACAUCUAGAUGAUUGGCUCAUUGUGGUCGCUGAGCCUUUAUCGUUAGUUGGCCUCUCACUAGCCAUUGCCGCAGUCAUUCACGGAUGGGGAAAGCCUAUUUCCUACUUCUCACCGGAGAACCUCAAAGAGACACUCAGGUUGCAAUUCGCACUCCAGACCGUGUGGAUAGUCACAUAUUGUCUUGUUCGCCUCUCCGUAGCAUGCUCUCUGCUGCGUUACGGUUUUGACAGAUCAUGGCGUUGGCCUCUAUACUUCAUAAUAGGUCUGCAAGUUACGAUAUCCUCGUCAUACAUCGUUAUCCAGUUCGCCCAAUGCACGCCAAUCAGCUCGAACUGGGAGAGGAUACCGGGUGCCAAGUGUUGGAAUAUCCAGCCCAUUAUCAAUUACGGAUGGGCAAUUGCUUCAAUAUACAUCGCUACUGAUCUUGCCCUCUCUCUAAUGCCUGUCCGACUCAUCCGAACGCUGAAUCGAAGCACUUCCGAGAAGAUACUCAUUUUUGCGCUCAUGGCCCUUGGUCUGCUCGCUACUGGUAUCGCAUGUGCUAAGAUGACUACGUUCACUACGUUUGGGAAGGGCGAUCCGAUGCAAGGCACUAUUCUACCUUCACUUUGGGCAAAGUUAGAAGAACAGGUCGGCAUCAUUGCCUCUUCGCUACCGUGUCUCAAGAACCCCAUAGAGAGGCUGCUCAAGAGUACGGGUAUACUGAAGGAGCAUCAACUGAAACGGCCAAGCUUCGUAGCUGAUCUCAGCUUACCAGCGGUGCCAAAAGAUAGCGAUGAGCAGGACAGUUCUGUUGGUUCGCUAAUAAAUGAAGACAUCAGGGUGGACUCUGCAGCUGUGGCGUCGACAUCGAAUGUAAAUAUCAGCGCCCAAGGACACCGCAGCAAAACAUUGCAAGCGGUGUGA